AGGUGCUUUCCUGCUGUGAAUUACUGUUUACCAUUAGCUGCGAUUCACGCUUCACGUUGUGCCCCGCAUCAGGUCUCCACCAAUCGCGUGCGUCGUCGCUGCGCUGACUCCGCCCCCCCUCUGCUCCUCUGAUUGAAGUUUGCUCAUUUCUCUCCGUCUCUCUCACAUCCACUUUAACUCUCGCGCUUUGCGGACGUUUCCUCUUCGCCGGUCGCAGCAUGCAGAGCGCCGUGUGCGUGUGGAUUACUCUCCUGCUGGGCUGCAGCAGUGUUUGGGGAAGGAAGGCGGACUCAGCCUCGGCGCUUGGCGGCAUUUUCCGCACCAGGUGCGCCGCCAGGUGCCUGAGCCUCCACAGCACGCGCAUCGCGCUCACAGCCAGCCACUUCCAGAGUAAUGGAUCCCUAGGCUGGUGCCAAGGCCAUAAGCAAUGUGCAAAGUGCCUGGAGCCAUGCAAGGAAUCCUGGGAACUAAAGGACGGACCUUGUCGGGAGCUGUGUGAGCACGCGUUCCCAAAGCGUCAUGGUGAGUGUGUGACGAGCUGUGAAUUCCUGCGUUCAGUCAUGGUGGUGAAGCAGGGUGAAUGUCCAGCUCCAGAGCGGGCCACUGGCUUCGCUGCCGCCUGCGUGGAGGGAUGUGAGGAGGAUGGAGAAUGCUCCGCUCACAAAAAGUGCUGCCCCAAUGGCUGUGGACACACCUGCCAGCCACCUAGGAACCUGUACAGAGGAGCUCCUCUGAAGCCCAGGAAGGAGCUGGUGUUUGAGGAGCUGCCCUCAGGUGUCCUGGAGGUGCGCUGGUCCUCUAAGUUCAACGUGUCGGCCGAGCCUGUCCUGAACGUGCUGCAGAGAAGGUGGAACUACGGCAUUCAUCCCAGUGAGGAUGGAGCUACUGAGUGGCAAGUGGUGGCACAGACGUCUGAGGAGCGUGUUUGGCUGUCUGAUAUUCGACCUGGACGCUGGUAUCAGUUCAGGGUGGCUGCGGUCAACGUGCACGGCACCAGAGGAUACACCACGCCCAGCAGACACUUCAGAUCAUCCAAAGAUCCAUCCCCCCCUCCAGCUCCCUCUGACAUGCGGGUCAGUCACAUGUCCUUUGGUCCAGACCGGUCAGUGUCUGUUCAUGUAAACUGGGAAGCUCCAGGAGACCUGGACAUCCCAGUACAUCAUUACAAACUGUCCUGGAGCUGGACGGUCAGUGGUGGAGACCUGGCCAUGCCUCCAAAACUCAAGAAGAGGAAGACCAUCAAUGGGGACUCUAAUUCAGCAGAACUGGAUGGUUUGAGGGAGAAUAAAAGCUACACUCUUGAGCUGCAGGCCAUAUCUUACUGGGGCCAGCUCCCUCUGAAAAGCUCCAAGGCCAUCCUGCGCUUCGCAACACAACGGACAGAGACGCAGCCCACGGUGAGUUCUGUGCCUCGGAAAUCUCAGUCAGACAUUCUGGAUGUCGGCACACCAUUCUACCAAGACGGACAGCUCCAGGUUCGCGUUUACUGGAAGAAACGAGACCCAAAUGUGAGCCGUUACCGUGUGCACUGGUUCCCCGAGUUCUGCUCGCAUAAUGGAAGCAGAAUCCAGGAGAAGCUCAUCACUCAGGAGAAUUACGCAAGCCUGCCUGGUCUACAGUUCUCCUGCAAGUAUAAAGUCAUUAUCCAGCCAGCAGGGUCCAAAGGCCGGGUGCAGGCAGAGAGCACCACCUUCUACACCCCAUCAUGUGCUUCAAUCCAGGGAAAAAGCCCCAAACCUAUCCUCUGCCCUGGAGAACCAGCUGCUGCACCAAAAGUCCUGGCCAGGGCAGAGAACCUUACUGCAGCCUUCUCUGUACACAAGGGCAACGUGACUGGCUUGUUCUCCUGGGCGGUGGCUAUGCCUCGAUCACCUCAGCAGGUCACAGGCUACCAGGUCACCUGGGCAGAGGUCACUGCCGAGAGCCGCAAAAACAACCUGGCAAACAGCCUCAUCUCUCAGUCCCAAAUCCUGCCUCCAGAGCGAAAUAUUCUUGUGGUCACUGGCUUGCAAAUGGCGUCUCUUUACAGGCUGGAAGUGGGGGUGAUGACCACUGGAGGACAAGGUCCAACCAUUUCUAGAACCUUCCAGACUCCAGGUCAUGCCAGGCCAGUCCUGCAGUACAGACCUAAGGUGAAGAAGCACCACUUGAGGUCAGUCGCAGAAGAGCACUGAAACUGAAGUGAAUCAUCUAGAACCCUAACCCUAGCUCCUCAGGAACCCGAAGAACCGAAAGAACCAAAGAACAUUCAGGAGAGAAGCUCAUAGCAGAAGCUCUCAAACAGGUCAGAAUCCUUCAAAAAUCUGGCUCUGGAAGUGUUGAGAAGAUUUGGAAAGACAUUCACAACAAAGGAUAUCCAUCAGGCAAGCAGGAAAACAGAAACAGGAAAAGUGUAAAAUAAUGAUGAUAAAAAAGAAAAAAAAUGACCUGAGUGAGUUACUUUGUUGUUGGAAAAAAAACUACAGUGCUGUUCAAACAUCAACUCAUCAUUCAUUUACUUUCCAGUCAAAAAGUACAAGUUGUUCAUUUUUCAGGAGAUAAUUCCAAGGAGGAAGAAGAAAGUCAGCGGAAAAUUAGGGGGGGAUACAAGAGUCUCCAAAACUGGAGUUAUAUACUCACUUAUGAGAGAGAGAGACAGAGAGAGAGGGAGAGCGCUAUCCUUCCACUAUGAGAAGACAAUGCCACAGGUCUGAAAUUUCCAAAUCUGAACUGAGACUGUUCAAAGUUCAAAGACUGAACUUUAACGACUGGAAAAAUAUUUGUGCAGAUUUCUAUGAUGAACUGAAAGCAAGUCUCUUGACUACAAAGGCAAAAUUGGACACAAUAAAUUCUGAAUGAUUUUGUACUAUGAUCAGUUGUUGAAGCUUCUGAUAUUUUUUGUUUAAUCGCUUUUUUUCCUGACACUGACAAAUAUAUAACUUGUGAAUAAUGCAUAACUGAAUUGCCAUUUUGACUGGAAAUUAGAUGAAAUGGUCUCUGACUUUUGCACAGUACUGUAUGCCUCAAUAUUUCCUUUGUUUAAAUGACACUUAACCCUCAAAGGAAACUGACUGUUAAUCUAUACUCCACUAUAUCAUGUGUUAAAAAAUGAAAGAAAACUGAGGAAAAAUUCUGUGUCGCAUGUAUUUGCUUGGCCCCCUAAAUGACGUGGACUCGUGAAAUGUUUGUCAGCCGUUCUGCAUGUGUAUUUCCCCGCCAUGAUCUAUGGGCAUGCACCUUUUACUCUGUGUCUCCUUACAGCGAUCAUCUCCUCCCCCAGCAACAAACAAUAAACUGCAAACCAUGAAUCAUAUUCGGUAUAUUGACGAUCAAGUCUAAAUGAUAUCUCAUUUAAAGUGUAAAGCGGACAUUGUUUAUGUACUUCUUAUGCUGUACAAUUAUUUGUUGCAAUGCUGUCUUGUAAUUCCUGUAUAUACUAUAUGUCCUUAUUUAUUUGUGUAUACACUACAACUGUGUAAUGCUUGUAUGUGUGUGUGUGUGUGUGUGUGUGUGUGUGUGUGUGUGUGUGUGUAUGAGUGAACUGUAUAUUAUCAUUCCCAGAAUCCCUCAUAAACACCUUCAUAUGGAGAUUUUGUGUAAAAUAGAUUUGUAAAGUCCCAUGGAUUAAAAAAAUGUAAUGUACAUAUUUUUUAUUAUUAAAAUCCUCACACCCUA